GUGCGCGACCACAGUUACUGCUCUCAGCUCAACCUGAGUCUUUCACCAUGCAGUUCGUCAUUGUCUCUCCCAACUCUUCCAACCGCCAGAAGCGUCGCCCGAGACUGGUUACGUCCUGUGAUAACUGUCGAAGCAGGAAGAUUAAGUGUGUCCAAAUUUCGGAUUCGAAGUGCGAGGCCUGCGAGCAAGCCGAAAUCUCGUGCCAUUACGGGGACCGGGAACGCUUCUACGCUGGCGUCAGUGGGGGUGGCGUCAAGAAGCGUACGGGAUCGAGACGCCAAUCCCCUACCCAUGAAGUCGGAGCUUCUCGCUCACGCGCGUCGUCCACGUCGACUCCCUCAUCGAGCUCGCCAUCCCCACGGUUAUCCCAAACACCCGCGCAGUUGUCAUCACCAGCUACAUCAAGCGAUAGCUUGCAACCUGUCUCAGGCGACCUCAUGUAUCACUCUCUGCUGAGCAGCAUGCCAGGCUCUGGGUUCUCCUUGGAAGGCUGUUCACCUCCGACGCCAGGCACGCCUUUGCCUGACUUCUCAGCGGACUGGCUAUCCUUCGGCCUCGAUCAGCAGCUCUCGCCAUCAUUCACUGCUCCCGAUCAAUCUGGACGCGUUCUUCUGUUCGACCCCGAACAGCCCCGAUUUCCACACAAGUCGUUGAUGCCCUAUUUCAUUGGCGUCUUCCUGCAGAAGAUGGGCUCGCAAUAUCCUUUCAUGACCUAUCAGAAUACCCUGGACCGGUAUAAUCUAGGCGAGCUUCCCCCGCUGCUGUGCAACUGCCUCGCUGCACUUGCUGUUCGGUAUUGUGAUCUGCCCGACCUGAUCAAUCGGGGCCUGGACGGCAUCGCCCAGCAGUACCUCGAACGCGCAAAGAACAUCUUCUCCGUAAUUAUGAGCAAGCCCGCCCCGGAUACGCUUUACGCCCUCUUAUUGCUGUCCUGGGCCGAGCAUCGGCAUGGACGGGUGUCUGAUUUCCGAACCUACAGCCAGAUGGCCAUGCGCAUGGCGAUGGACCUCGGCCUCUCAAAAGCGUCUGAUGUCGCCUCUCCGACGGAUCCGACGCGCGUGACCUGGUCAAGCGUAGUUCAACUUGAGACCUUCGCCACAGCAAGUGGGUCAUCAUCUGCGCACUUCGCUAUUCCACCAUCGUUGAUCAUGGUUCAUUUCCUAUCAGGCAUUCAUUAUUAGACUUGUUAUGGCUGAGCAGCAUAGAGACAGACGACAUACACACUUUUCUUUCGUUAUCAUCGGAUCGUUACCAUCAUCAGGACGGUCCCCGCUACACCGCUACAUUCACGUUUAACUUCCUAGCAUUCUAAUCACCC